AUGGCGGCGGAGAGCUGGCGCACACGCGGCAAGACGCGCAACACAGCACCGACGAGCAUCCAGCGGGCUGGCGCGCUGCCGGCCGCCGUCGCCGCCGCCGAGAAGGUGGCGGCGCGCCAGAGCGGCUCGGCCUCAGACGCAGACACGGGGACCAGCGCCCGCCGCGCGUCCGCCGCCUCGACGCAUGGCGCGGCGCGCAAGAGCGCGGCAGCGGGCCGCGGCGACCCGAGCCUGCUGCUGCGCCGCGUAGCAGGGGCAACUGCUGCGGACGUGGCAGCCGACGUGGCAGCCGACGUGGCAGCCGUUGCGGCCUUUGCGGCGGUGCAAGCGAGCGCCGUGGCGGCCGAAGCAGUGGCGCGCUGCGCGGGCGGCGGAGGCGCCGCCCGCUCCGCCGUCACGGCCCAAAGGAUGGGGUGA